AUGCACCACCACCCACGGAAUCGAGAAAGAGCUAUCAAUCUGUCAAUCCUGUCCGUGUCCGGGCCGGACUUUGGUUUCCCGGAAGCUGCCCGGCGGGUCAUGGGAAUAACGCCGCCGCAUCGCCAGUCGGCAUCGUUUAUGGUCGGAACUACGACGUCGGGAACGCCGAACGAGCGCGUGCCGGGGGAGAGCGGAGACGGGAAGGGUCGGACCGCGGACGCCCGCGCUCCACGGGCGACCCGACCCCCCUUUCCUCAGCGGGGCCGCGGGGACGAGGCGGGAGGGGGAAGACACGAGGGGGGCCACCCGGGAAGGCCACAUCCCCCACAGGCACCUCACCCGUCCGCUCGCGAGACGGGCCCAAACACCGCGGGCGACCCGAACGAUCACCGAGACGCGGACACCCCAAGUCACCCCCCCCGCUCCCGAGAGGAGGCGGGGGGAGAGGCGGGCCCCCCAACGAGGGGCCGACCGCCGGCGGGACGGCGGGCACGGAGCGAGAGGCCGCAGCGGGCCCUCGGCCGCGAUACGCACGCGGGGGACGCGGCCCCCCCUUCCAGCGGGGUCGGAGGCCGAGCGCCGGGAAGCACACAGACAGGUCCGGAGGACGCGGCCGCAGAGCCGGCGGGAGGCAGGAGGAGAGCACGGCGAAAGGCGCAGCGACGGGACACGGGACGCCCGGCAUCUGGCGGCCAGCGGGCCCGGGAAGGGAGACGCCCCUCGGAGCCGACACGACCGGACGUCGCCUGGGACACGCGCGGGUAUCUCACCAACGAGCGCCCCCUUGGCGCAACGAUGGUCCCACGCGACCCCGGGGACGGAGCCGGCCGAGCAGAAACCCCUCAGCGACGCCACCACAACCGUCAGGCUGACGCCUCCACACGGAGCCGAGGGUCCGCACCACACGCCGCCACGGUCGCAGACGGCCACGUGCCCCCUCCAAACGUCUCUCCCGCCCGCCAGACAGACCCGAACUGCCCCCACGGUGACAAAACCACGACCGCGCACGCCAGCGAGACCCAGGAGACACUCCGGAUCGGCGGCACGGCCGGUACAGUCGACCGACAAGGGGGAGGGGGUCCGGUGUCAGGCGGGGAGGGGGACGACACGGCGAGCCGGGGGCCGGGCGACACAGAGAGCGAAGGGAAACAACCCUGGCAAGGCCACCUCCACAGCCAACCACACAGCCGGGCCGGCAGGGGGAGGCCAAAGACCGUGGAGAGACCCAACCGGAGAAGAGACCCCACACCACACCAUGACGCCGACACCCGCGCGACAGCCGCCAACCGUCCAGCGACCCGCCGGGACAUCGCAGCCACCCCUCAGAGGCCAUCCGUGGAAUCCCGACGACCCGGGUUCCGCUCCGGGAAGGGGAAAAGCCAGCAUCCCCUGUGGACCGCGGCCGGGACGAGGCGGCCCAGCGCCACACGCGCCCACGCGCACAAGCACCGACAGCCCCACGGCACGGGGAGCACGGGAGGCGAGCGGGGAGGCGCAUCGGACGGACGCAUCGACUCGGCCCAGCGUGAUCCUCCCCGAACUCAUGAGCAGGGAGACGAGGGCCGCGGCAGGCAGAGUCAGCGCACAGUCCCCACCGCGGGGACCGGCGGAACCCCUCACCACGCCCCGGGAUGGCUGGUGAGGGCAAAACCCAGGCCUACACACGUCGACAUUCAAGGAGAGACGGGCGGCUACUACGCGCAGACAAAGGGGGGCGGCCGGCGAGGGAUUCGGGGACCCCCGCGCAGGAAGACCUACACGGGGGCUCACCACAACAGCGCCAUCGCAGCGGGAGGGUGGAGGAGAGGCUCGGGAGCAGGAACGACACCACCACUCAGCCUCAGGCACCUCGAGGGCCAACCUGGAGCGCUCCAGGAGCACCACAAAGGGCCAAGGCAAAGGCGCAGCACACACCGCUCGGGAGGGCAUGUGGCGCGGCACCGGGGACAGCCCCUUCCGGUACGGAGAGGGACAGCCAACCGCACACGGGGGCGGAGACGAAACGGCAAGCGAGAUCAGGGGCCUGCCGCACGCAACCGCGGACCACCAGCCACAGUCACAGGGCGGGAGGUCAAGCAAAGUCGGGCCGGAUACCGCACCCCUGCCUUCCACACACCACCAACGGGUGGGGAGGAGAAGCGAGGGGCCCGCAGGCAGAACGAGAAGAGCGGUCCCAUUCGCCAUGAAUGUCCGUCCCUCGCCUGGCGCGGCUUAGGCCCGGCCCGUAGUGAGCACCACAGAACCACAUCGAUCAACCAGACAUCUGGCAGAACCACAAGCGGGAAAGGCACCAGAGGGGACCCCUUCGGGAGUGAGGAACCCAAAGACAUCGGAAGGAACGAGCCAGGCGGGCAAAGCCAUCGGGAGAGGCCCCGCUUGGACACCGACAUGAGAAGCUCACGAGAAAACACAACCAGAGUAACUCGGGAAGACUCUGGGAGGUGGGUCAACCGAGGGCUCCGGUUCAAGAGGCCCCAGAAAAAGAACCUCCCUGAAGGAAAAAAAAAAGGAAAAAAGUUCCACCACCCAACCGGAGCACUCGGGAGGCUACAGCCGGCGGCGGCCACAGAGAGCGGGAACCAAGACCCGGAAGAAAAAGACCCACGGUGA